UUUUUUAUUUUUUCCCCCCCCCCCCCCCAAACCGUCUCUUUCCUUAAUUUAUUUGCUUCUAUUUCUGUUGAUCAAAAUACACCAACCCUUUUUCUCUCUGUGUAAAUUCUUCAUUUGAUCCUUUAUUUCGCUGUUCCAACACCAAAAUCCAUCUGGGGGUCCUUUAUUUUCUUGUUCUAGGACUUAAAUCUUGAUUCUUUAUAAGAAAUUUAAAGAAUUGGGUAUUGAUUUGUUUUGUUUUGGAGGUUAAGAAGAAAAGGAAGAAGAAGAUGAUGAUGAUGACGAUGGAAGGGAUGAUGGAUAAGGCAGUAUUGGAUGAUAUAAUAAGGAGGUUGUUAGAAGGGAAAGGAGGAAAGCAAGUGCAGCUAUCUGAAGGAGAGAUCCGUCAAUUAUGUGUUAAUGCUCGCCAAAUCUUCCUUUCUCAGCCUACUCUCCUUGCGAUUAAAGCUCCCAUUCGAAUAUGUGGUGACAUACAUGGGCAAUAUCAAGACCUCCUGAGGCUGUUUGAAUACGGUGGCUACCCUCCUUCUGCAAACUAUCUCUUCCUUGGGGAUUAUGUUGAUAGAGGGAGGCAAAGUUUGGAGACUAUAUGUCUGCUUCUGGCCUACAAAAUCAGACAUCCCGACAAAAUUUACCUCUUGAGGGGUAACCAUGAGGAUGCGAAGAUCAAUAGGAUAUAUGGGUUUUAUGACGAGUGUAAACGGAGAUUCAAUGUCCGGCUGUGGAAAAUAUUUACCGACUGCUUUAAUUGUUUGCCUGUUGCUGCACUGAUUGAUGAAAAGAUACUCUGCAUGCACGGAGGCCUCUCUCCAGAGUUGGAACAUUUGGGCCAAAUAAAGGAAAUUCAAAGACCUACCGAAAUCCCAGAUAGCGGUCUCCUAUGCGAUCUACUUUGGUCUGAUCCUGAUGCUAGGGUUGAGGGCUGGUCGGAUAGUGAUCGAGGUGUUUCAUGUACCUUUGGACCUGAUAAAGUUGCUGAGUUUUUGGAUAAAAAUGACCUGGAUCUCAUUUGCCGAGGUCAUCAGGUGGUGGAGGAUGGAUACGAGUUCUUUGCCAAACGAAAAUUAGUAACAAUAUUUUCAGCUCCAAACUAUGGUGGGGAGUUUGACAAUGCAGGUGCUGUGUUGAGCGUUGAUGAAUCCUUAGUAUGUUCCUUUGAGAUAUUAAAACCAGUUCUACCAGCAAGCACUUCAAAGUUAACCCUUAAGAAGCCUCCAAAAGCCGGAAAGAUCUAGUAUGAGAAAAGGGCAUUCAGGGAUCUCUUCUUGUUUCAAUUAGGAUAUUGACCAAGGCUCGGUUCUUGCAAUGAUUUGAAUAUCACAUCGCCGGUUUAUCUUCAGAAAGAAGCCUUUUUGUCUUGUUGAAAUGUCACGUAACUCAAUUUGCAGUGCAAAUUGCUAGGAAAAAAGAAUCUGCAAAAACAACAGCACAUGCUAUAUGCUAUGCCCAGGAACCAAAGUUGUUUUGUUGGAUACUCUUUGGGAACUUCCUGUCUGGUCAAUUAGCAUAUGCUGGUUGUAAGUAGUGAUUGAGAAUAGGUCUGAUUUUUGUUGAGAUGUUUGUGCAAGUUUACUCUAUGGUUUGCUCA